UGAAAUUAAAAAAAGAAUCAUUUUUUUUUUCAUAAAAUGAAAAUGCCUUUUCUUUCCAUAAGCGUAAACGAUGUCGUAUAGUAGAUUAAGCAAACCAAGCUCCCCAAAACUCCAUUUAUAUUAAGCAAAGCUCAAAACUUUGGUGACUCUGCAUCCCUGCCCAUAGCACAACCUUCAUACACUCAGCCUAUAAUCUAUAUGCACUAAAGGUUCUCUCACCCCUUUUUUUAUUCUUCUCAUCUAUCAGGUGUAUGCAUAAUCAUUUCUUUUUUUGUUAAUUUACAAUUGAAUUUAUAUACAUGUAUGCAUGUAAUCCAGAGAAGGAAAAAAACGGUAAAGAUCAAAUUUUUAUGCCCAUCAUUCUUAAAGGUUGACUGUUAAAAUUAUUUAUUUGUUUAUUUUCUUUGACCCAUUUUGUGGUUAGAUGAAAUGAGAAACAUUCUGUGAUGUUUCAGCUUUGAUUCUUGCAAUAUUGAAGUUUUAUUUGAUUGGGUUUGAUGCUUUCUUUAAGACUUGGAAGCUGUUUGAAACAUGGAGUAUAAUUAUCCUUUUUCCUUUGUGUAAUUGGGUGUGCCAGUAGACUGCUGGAGUAUAUAAAUACUUUUUCCUCUUUUGUGUAAAGGGGUUGAAGAAAUAUACAGAGAAGAGUCUUUAUUAAUAUAUGCCAAUCCUGCUGAAUAUCUUGAUGCAACCUGGUGAAGUCUUCAUGUUGGUGGAUUUUUUUGGUUGUAUGAAACUUUUGAAUCCCUCCUGUUAUUUCAGGUUGGCAAAGUUGGAAAUCUGAGAAUUUAUUUAUUGACAUACUAGGAUGAAUUCAUUUGAUAAGUCGAUGAUACCUUAUAGAAUUAUAUUGGAUAUCCUGAAGUUGAAGAAAAGAAGAACAAACAGUUUUGCUUUUGGAAGUCUAUGCUUCAGUACACUAUCAAUGAAGUGCACAGAAUGCUGCUUCUCCAAUUUUGGAUUAACUACUCUUGCAUUCAUUUGACUCGGUUUUGAUAUUGCACUGUGAUUAGGUUGUUGUGCUUUGCGCUGUUUAUUUUAAAUGCUUUCUCUUUUCAUGACACGUCAUAAUGAUUCCUUUCUGGAUUAUUAAUUUAACUUCAUAGCUACUGUGGGAACUGGACUGAUAAUCUUUGGACAGUCAUUACAUUGCAGUUUCCUCAGCUUGACUGAUUUAGGGGAGGAAGUUUGAAUCAACCUUCCCAAUGAAUACUGCUGGAACUAGUUCAGAUCAGAAAAUGAAAGUUUAUAUAUGGGAUAUGGACGAAACUUUGAUUCUGCUCAAGUCUCUCAUAACUGGAACAUAUGCGGAAGCUUCCAAUGGCCUAAAGAAUGUGGAGGAGGGAAUGAAGAUCGGGAAACUGUGGGAAGACCUCAUUCUUCAGAUAUGUGAUGAUCAUUUCUUUUAUGAACAAGUUGAUUUUUGCAAUGAACCAUAUUUAGACGCGACGGCAGAUUAUGAUAAUGGGCGGGACCUUUCAAAUUAUGAUUUCAACCAUGAUGGUUUUGGGAACACUCCUGAUGAGGAAAUCAAUAAAAUAAAACUAGCUUACCGGCAUCGGGUGAUAGCUGAAAGGUACAAUAAGGGUUUACACAGCCUUCUUGAUGAAAAUUUGUUAAAAUCCUGGGAUAGUCUGUAUGAUUCAACUGACAGAUAUACAGAUACAUGGCUUUCUUCAGCUCGCGAGUGCCUGGAACAGUGUUCUACUCCUAGCAAAGACCUCAAUCCCCAAAGAGUCUCAACUGAUGGGAGGGAUGGAAAUGUACUGGGAUAUCAUGAUGUUAAUGUCCUUGUGACGUCUGGUGCCCUUAUUCCAAGUCUCGUCAAGUGUCUACUCUUUCGUGUGGAUGGUUGCAUUGCUUGUGAGAAUGUCUACAGCUCAUGGGAAGUUGGGAAGCGCCUUUGUUUCUCACUAAUUAGGGAACGGUUCAGCAGCCGAAAUGCCCAGUUUUGUGUUAUUGGGGAUGGUGUGGAGGAAUGUGAAGCUGCGGAAGCAAUGAAAUGGCCGUUUGUUAAAGUGGAUCCAUUUUCAACCAGAUAUCAUAGGUUUCCAGGCCUCAGCUUAAAAGACAUGGGUCUCUAUCUCUCUGUUGUAUACGGAAAUUCUGAUGGAGACAAUGAUGAAGAGUAGGUCUACUUAUCCGAGGCAAAGGAAGUAGCGCACCAUAAUUCAAGCUCCAACUUCCAACAUGUAUUGUACAGUAAGCAGUUUGCUUGAAACCUGAGCUCCAUUUGACUGCAAUUAGAAGUAUGAAACCUAAAAUCUGAUUCCAUUAAGCUGCUGCUUUUAACAUUUUUUUUUUUGGGUUUUUUUUUUUUCGAGAUACUGAAUGUAUGAGUUUCUGUUUUCUGUCUUUGUACGGGGUUUAAUUCUUUGCAUGAAUCACCGGCAAUUUCCAUACAUAGAACAAAAAGAUACGGAGAUAUCGGAUCACCUUGUCGCACUCCUCUAGUGGGAAAAAACACUCAUCACACAGUCGUACCAUUCCACAAUAGUUGCAUGGAAGCUGUGCACACACAAGGGAUACUGCAUGAACAAAUUUUUCCGGAUAUUUGGCGAGUUGGAGUAAUUCCCGUAUGAAACCCCAAUCUAAGUAGUCACAAGUCUUUUCCAAGUCGAUUUUUACCACCAUCAAGCCUUUCUUUCCAUUCAUAUGACAGCAUUGAGUGGACAAGCUCCUGCACCACCACUGUAUUAUCCGUUAUUUUGACGACCCAGG